CUACAAUCUUUACAGGGUGCCCUACCCAAGUCCGCAAGAGCAAUACGUAUGUUUUAUCGAGUACAACCCUUGGAUUUUUUUGUUUUUUUUUGUUUUUAAAAUCGAGUUCUUUGCAACGUUCUGUACCUGCCGUAUUUCAUGGAAACCUAGAUAGAUAUCAACUGCUGCUAGCUCUUGCUUACUGGGGUUUCUUCUCUUUCUGUUUUGCUAGAGCCUCAAAUAUAACCCAUCAGUAGUUGCUUGCCUCCACUGUUGAAUUUUAUAUGAUGUCGGCUUCCAGAGAAAUGCCUCAGAUGGUUGGUUUGUUAAAAGAGAUGAAGGAUGGGUUAGAUUCAGUGCGGACAAAAGUGCAGGCAUUAACUGCGAAGGUUAAAGCAAAUCAAUUACCAACAGCAGAAGGGCUAAGCUAUCUUGAAGCCAAACAUUUACUGCUUCUAAACUAUUGCCAGUCACUUGUAUAUUACUUGCUUCGCAAAGCUAAAGGGUAUUCAAUUGAGGGACAUCCUGUUGUUCGAAGCCUUGUAGAGACUAGAUUGUUUUUGGAAAAGAUUCGACCAAUUGAUAAGAAGCUCCAAUACCAAAUUCAGAAGCUCACAAAGGUUACCAUAGGUGGAACAGAUAAUGUGGGUCCAAGUGAAAAGGAAUCGGAUGUACCUCAGAAGACAGAGGAUUUGUUGAAAUAUCGGCCAAACCCUGAUAUGCUUGUUAGCAAAACAGAUAUGACUUCUAAGGAUGGUGUAUAUAAACCCCCCAAAUUUGCUCCUACAUCAAUGGAGGAAGAUAAGAUCUCAAAGCAGGACAGAAAUGCAAUAAGAAAGGAGAAAAAUGCUCUACGACAAGCAAGGCAGAGUGCUUAUGUGAGAGAAAUGUUGAAUGACUUUGAGGGUAGACCUGAAGAGAUUCAAGAAACCGUUGGAGCAGAAAGUGUUGAACUGUCCAGAUAUAUGGCAAAGAUGGAGGAACAAGCUCGGCGUGAAGAGGAGCUUUUUAUGCGUGCUCCAGUUACAAAGAUGGACAAAAAGAGAGAGAAGCACUUAAAGAAGUCGAGAAAUGGGUUGCUUGCUUUGACAGACAGUUUCUAUGACGAAAUUAAACAUUUACCGCUGGAAGAUGAUGAAACUGGUGAUCAGAAGGCAGAUUUUAGCAAUGGUCGUGGUGGCAUGGGAGGAAAACAUAAGAAGCAGAAGAGGAAGCAUUGAAGGAAGAACUUCUGUGAUUGACUCAAAGAGCAAGAUUUUCACAGCAUUUCUAUAUCCCGAGAUCUAAUAGCUGUUUUCCAAUAAAUAUAAUUUUGACAUAAUGUUUUGAGGGGCACUGUUUCUGAACUUGAAUGAAGAACUGUUAACUGUUCCUUUUGACUCGUGUUAGUGGAACAAGAGGAAUAUAAAAAUUUUGAAGCUUCACUUAUUAAUUAUUAAAGCAGUGUAACAAGUGCUCGUUAAAUUAAAAUAAUUCUAGUCAUA